AUGGAAUUCUUGCUGCUGGGAUUCUCUGACUUGCAUCACCUGCGGGGCCUCCUCUUUUUCAUCUUCCUCACGGUGCACUUGGCUACUCUGGCAGGAAACCUUCUCAUUCUCUUGGCUGUGGCUGCCGAGCAUUCCCGCCCGCCCAUGCUCCUCUUCCUCUGCCAGCUCUCCGCGAUUGAGCUCUGUUACACCCUCGUCAUUGUUCCCAAGACACUGGCUGACCUCGUUUCCACAGGGGGGAGCACCAUUUCCUUCGUGGGCUGCGCCACCCAAAUGCACUUCUUUGUGGCUCUGGGAGGGGCCGAAUGCUUCCUCCUGGCUGCCAUGUCCUACGAUCGCUACGCGGCCAUCUGCCGGCCCCUGCACUAUGCGGUCAUGAUGAGCCAGGAGUUCUGCCUUCAGCUGGCCAUAAUCUGCUGCCUCGGUGGCUUCAUUGUCUCCCUGGGCCUGACCGUGGCUGUCUUCCGCCUGCCCUUCUGCAGCUCCCACCGCAUCAACCACUUUUUCUGCGAUAUCCCCGCUCUGCUACACCUGGCCUGCACAAAGAGCUACGCCAACGAACUGCCCCUUCUGGCCGCCUGCAUCCUCCUCCUCUUGCUCCCUUUUGUGCUUAUCCUCGUCUCCUACUCUUACAUCACCACAGCCGUGAUACGCAUCCGUGACUCUGCCGGGCGGGGCAAGGCUUUCUCGACCUGCGCCUCGCAUCUGGCUGUUACCGUCUUGCACUACGGCUGCGCCACUUUCAUGUAUGUCCGGCCCAAGUCCAAGUACUCACCAAACCGGGACAAGAUGAUCUCUCUGGUAUACACCAACAUUACCCCCUUGCUAUACCCUCUGAUUUACAGUCUCCGGAACAAAGAAAUCAAAGGAGCGGUGAGGAAACUGCUGCAGAAGAAAGUGGCCCAGCCAAACUGGAACAUCUUUAAGUGUAGGUGUGGGCUAUGUGAGCAUGCAGCCCAGAAACCAUAG